AUGGUCUCAGCCCCACCAUCCAAGGAUGGUCUCAGACCCACCAUCCAAGGAUGGUCUCAGCCCCACCAUCCAAGGAUGGUCUCAGACCCACCAUCCAAGGAUGGUCUCAGCCCCACCAUCCAAGGAUGGUCUCAGCCCCACCAUCCAAGGAUGGUCUCAGCCCCAUCAUCCAAGGAUGGUCUCAGACCCACCAUCCAAGGAUGGUCUCAGCCCCAUCAUCCAAGGAUGGUCUCAGACCCACCAUCCAAGGAUGGUCUCAGCCCCACCAUCCAAGGAUGGCCUCAGACCCACCAUCCAAGGACGGUCUCAGCCCCACCAUCCAAGGAUGGUCUCAGCCCCACCAUCCAAGGAUGGUCUCAGACCCACCAUCCAAGGAUGGUCUCAGCCCCACCAUCCAAGGACGGUCUCAGACCCACCAUCCAAGGAUGGUCUCAGCCCCACCAUCCAAGGAUGGUCUCAGACCCACCAUCCAAGGAUGGUCUCAGCCCCACCAUCCAAGGAUGGUCUCAGACCCACCAUCCAAGGAUGGUAUCAGCCUCACCAUCCAAGGAUGGUCUCAAACCCACUCUUCAGAGAUGA